AUCCCGGCUCUCGUUCUUCUGAUCUCACAAUGCGCUCCAAAGUGCAAUGAUCGCGCUGCAGGGAUAGCAUAAUGUAUAAAUCACUAGACCGCCCAAUAGCGGAACGACAGGAACAAAUCUGGCUCACCCCACUGCGCACCUCAGCUUGAUAGUGCGAUAGUGCCGAUCACUCCACAGCGACAAUCCGAGGCACCAAUGCCAUCGGUAUACCUCAUCUGUAGCUGAAAGGAGAAUCAACACGAUGCCUGAGGCCGGCAUGAAGCGUCGCUCUACCAAGAAGAGCCGCGGAGGAUGUUCACGCUGCAAGGCCCACCAUUUGAAAUGUGAUGAAACCAAGCCCGAGUGUGGUCGAUGCAGUCGACUUGGUAUCGCGUGCCCUGGGUACGUGCAGAAGUACAAGUGGCUGAACGACAUCAACAACCUCAGCGCUGCCACACAUGCCACCACCCACAACGAUACUGACGUUGACCUCGACUGGCUGGGAAUGACAUCUCCGCCUGGCAGGCCGAUGGCUACUCCAACAGUGGCAGAGGAAACUCCCGCAUCCAUUCCUGCCAGUCCCUUGUGGGAUAGCUUCGCCUUACAGGACCAACCAUUUCAUGUUCUGGACUUUUCUCAGCUCAUCGAGCCCAAAAAUACCGAUAUCGCUACCAUUGAUGUAGCAGGGCCGUCGCAGCGUUCGGACAUGCUACAAUCUUUACGAACGCAUAAGCGAGAGGUUCAGCCACGAGCACAAGCAUCAUUGGCGCACCAGCCUUCAGAAUUACUAUCGUACUACUUCAAGAAUGUCUCGAAGCUAUAUGCCGUCUAUGACGAUUACCGGAACCCUUUCAGAUCUGUUGUGUCCAACAUGCAUAGUCACUCGCAGGUCAUCAGUCUCGCAGCGCAGUCAAUGGCUGCCGCUUGUCUAAACGAAAUUCAUCCUCGAUUCAAUAUUAUUGGCAGGAAGCUUCGUCAAGAAGCCAUGAACUUGAUAUUCAGUCAACCUCAGCUCGAUAGCAAAGCGUUGCUUGCUCUGAUGAUGUUCGGUCCUACUGGAAAUUGGCACGAUGCGACUGACCUAGGCCUGGACUUUUAUGCCAUGAUGCGAGACCGCAUCGAUGAUCUGGCUGCCACGGGCGAGCUCGUACAACACGAAGUGAAUCUGAACAGCUUCAAUUUCUUCAGAGAGGCCAUGGUGUUUUGGGAGAUGCUGUUGACAUUCGUCGCAGAUGACACAGCUGUUCGGAAAUGCUCAACGCCGCUGGGACCUGUGCUCACUUGUCAACCGGCCAAACACAUCGCCCACCCCUGGACAGGAGUCGCUCGCGAUGCCAUAGAGAUCGUCGCAGAUGUUGGUAGACUGGUCCGCUCGCAUCGGAAGCGCCAUCGACAGCAGGGCUUUGUCACACAGGCCUAUGUGCAUCAACUGAACCACGAUCUGGAACGAGCGCGAGAGUUGGAGAACCAACUUCUCGCAUGCCGGCACCCCGAUGCAAACAAUAUAGUUCACCCUGAAGACGCAGAGACACCGGUCUGGCAUCUCACCACUUUAGCCGAGCUGUAUCGCUAUGCAGGCCUGCUACAGCUUUAUCGGGUCUUUCCCGACACCUUGUCAAGCAGGCUCUCGGUCGAGGACAAUCAUGCGCCUGCACCACUGGUCCCAGAUGAGCAUGCCAUGGACAUAGCGCAUAGAAGGAGCAAGUGGCUUACGUCAUUCGCGCUGGAAGCUCUGAGACUGCUAGAGACUAUGCCCCUCGAAUCUGGCACUCGGGACUUUCAACCUUUCCUGCUCGUGAUUCUCUCAUCUGAACUUGUCUGCGAAUUGCCAGGUGUUGAUCAUCCAGAUGGAGACGAGGAGGUCGACAGCCAUUUCGUAGAAGUUGCUUUGAUGCGAAAAUUGGUACUUGAUCGACUCACAACCUGUCUGACGCUUUUGCCCCCGAAACCCAUCAGAGUGUGCAUCGAUAUUGUCAAGGAGACGUGGAGGAGGAUUGAUGCGGGACAAAAAAACGUCUACUGGCUCGAUGUUGUGAUACAAAACGGCUGGGAGACUAUCAUGGCUUGAUCUGACUUUCUUCGCUCAUCUGGCCGUCCUUGCUACGAUGGCCAAUCUUGUGGGGUCCACCAUUCGUACUGGGGGUUGAAACAAUUCGGCAGUUCUCUCAUCAUAUCGUCCCAAAAGUCGGUCAUGACGGCGUCGCUGUUGAUGUUGGGACUGAUAGUCUCGGCGAUGUGCACGGAAUCGUGCUGCACCAUGGUUUGUGGCUCGCAGACGGUCGACAAUGGCGCACUAGCAUCUGCCUGGGGUCGAGGUGCCACUGACUCCUGUGCAACGAGCUUCAUGGCAUUAUAGAGCUGUUGCACAGUGUCUCGACACUUGCCCGCUGCGAGCGACCAGGGCUGCAUCCUGUCGAAGAAAGUGAUCGCUUUCUCCACGUCUUGUUCCCAGCUCUCGAUUUCGUCGUCGCUCUCGCGAGUUGAUUGAUUGUCCAUGAUCCCUGGUGUUUGCGGCGAGCUUGCUACAGCGGAUGGCCGCGCCAGAUUGGAGUAUAGCGAGACGAGUGGCACCAUCACCGCUUGGUACAUCAUCCACACGGCGUGCCCACCUGCAACUAAGUUCUCCUGGCAUGAAGUCUCAAUAUCUGCUAUUGUCUGGGUCGCGAACAUGCGACAUCUACCAACGAUCAGGCGUUGGUCAGCUGACAUAGUCGACCAAGAAGAUCCGCGCAAUGCAGUGGCAAGCAGUGUGGGCCUGCACAUCAAUAGCUUGAGAUUCUGAUAGCGCCAGUGCAUGAUGGCUCGCGGCGUCAGCAGCACUCCUGGACAGUCUAUUGGGCCUCUUUUUUGUGGUUGAGAGCAGUUUGACAAAGUCCUGCUCCUGGAUGGAGGCCGAUCCGGCCUGAGCGAGAUCCUGGCCUGCUGCUCUUCCGCGCUCUCACGGACUUGCUUAUGUUGAGCACGUCGUUCAAUGGCAUCCCGCAGUAUUGGAGGGAGCUCCUCGUGCCACCUUUCGAGCUCUAUAUCUAGAGCCUGAAGCUCUUCGAAUGGUAUCGUGAUAUUAGCAGCAACUGCAUCUUGCACCUUGGUGGCCAGUUUGCAGUAUGCGACAUUAUGCCUCAACGGAAGAAGUCCUGUAUGCUGUGUAUCGUCCAAUUGCUCUGGCAAUCGAGGAAAACGAGUCGUCAUCCCUGCAACAGCUCUGCCGAGUAAAGGUUGCCCUGUGGUACUGCUAGCCCAGGUAUCGAGGACAUAAAGUGUCCACCACGUCCGCCUGCGUGCUUCCGUGGUUGUUUCUGCGUCGCCCUGGCAUGCUACACUCACAGUUGGUGGGGCUUCACUGUCCCGAUGCAGCCCUUGGGCGAUUGCCAUUCUGAGCGUUGCACCCAUUAUGGCGUAUGCUUCGUUUGAUCGGUUCAGAAAACGGAGAUAACAACCCGAAAGUAAUGCAAACGCCUGCAAGGUUAGAAGAUUACCGCUGCCGAAAGUCUCCGUAUCCAUGUGCUUUCGAGCACGUUGGUAGUAAACGAGAUGCUCCUCGCUGUCACAUGUCGAGCGCGACAGUGAGCCAAGUGCAAAGACCAUGUUCAAUAGACAUAACCAGGGUGGAUCUCGUCGCGAUUGAUGCUGAUAGCGGUAUCGGAAGCUUUCUUCGUCCAGCAUUGGCAUAAGGAUGUGUACAUGUGCGAAAUAAGAGUCGAUGAGUUUGAUGCCGAUACUUUCCGGUGGCAAUUCGUCUGGGUCUGGAUCCAGGUCAUGGGGCCGCGAGCAUGUGCCUUCGACGCUCGAACCAACAGUUUGCGCUGGCAUUAUGAAUGAACGAGCCCUAGGGACAGUUUCGAACAUCACUUUGAUCGCGGUGGUAAUGCUCGAGACUCCGACGUACGACGACGAGGCUUCAUCGACCAAGGACAGUCCUUGGACAAUAUCAUCGGGUGUACCUUGGAUAAUGUCGUGCAGGCGCUUCAAGUCUUCCAAUUCCAGACAUUGAUCUGGAGUCUCCUCGGACGCAUCGUGACCAUUAUUCAUCCCCUCGGACUUGCUGACGCUUUGCAGCCGUGCAAGUGGGCGACCAUGGUGGUGAUCACGGCAUGUGCCCGCUGCUGACAAGUUCAUCGCCAGAUCGAUCAUUCCGUCUCGGGACAAGGCAACGACCUCUUGGAGAUCUUUACCGGGGAACAAUUGUGCGACAAUUGCUUGAUAUUGAUCGACUUGCGACUGCAGUCUCUCGACUAUUCUACUGCAUGUCGUCAACAUCCAUCUGGCACAUAUGAAACUGGUUGGGCGGCCCGCAUACCUCUUCGGAGGCACCACCCUCUGUGUGGGUUUCGAGUACAUGCAUCGAUCCGGGAUCCUGAACCAUUCGCAUUGUGCACAGGGCUGCAGGCCAUCGCAGCGGAUUUUUCGCCUUCUGCAUUCAACGCAUGCAUUGGCUGUGGAAAUACGUCGAGGGCUCCUCUGCGGCCGUCCACCUCUGCCGGUCGUGGCGAUUUCCGAAGAGGUAAUCACCUGGAAUGUGUUAAACAUGGCGACGACGAAAAGAUAUCCCAAAGCGGCAUGGCACCUCUGGGGUCGAAUGAAUGAAUUGCCACACUUCUACUCUUCUAUAUAGGUAAGGUAGUUAUAUCAUCCUUCGUCGUGCUGUCGACUAAGCGUCCUGACGGCGGACUCAGCGGGGUUUGCGUAUGUCUUCUGGCCUUGGCGUGGUUUAUUUGCUGUUAGCCUGUUGAUGCCAAACAUUCCAUAUACCAAGAAUGGCAUACUGUGAGAACGAGAGCAGCAGCAGCAGCAGCAUCGGGAGGUAUAUUUAGC